AAAUAAGAAAAUAACUCUAUUGGAACCCGGUUUUAAGGAGCCUCUCAAGAUGUCAACAAACAGCUCACUACAGAUCGGGUAAAGUGAUGUGGCAGUUGUGUGUGAGGGUGAACACAACACACUGAGGUCAUGUGUGGUGGCACCAAGAGAGAUGUUCACUCGUCACCAGGACCAGUGAGUCAUGCUGGUGUUGGACCAUCUUUCUGCAGUGUUACCAACUAAAACAGGUGUUGUUCUUCUCCCUCAGGCGGUGAUGAUGCGUCGAGCUGGUUCUUUACCUCUGUGCAGAAGGCCGCUUCGAAGUGUAGUGUACAUCCUGUCGUGCGCCGGGGCGUUUAUCCUCGGCAGUUUGAUGACUCUGAUGUCCGUUGACCCCAUGAGGUGUGACAUUCACCAGUGUACUGAAAAAAUUAAGCGCAUUGAUGUAGAGGACACCAACAGCUGGCUGGGCAUGUGGGGCCACAACAACAAGGGUCCAGAGAAGAACGUCUUCCUGGUCAUCGUGUUCCUCAGCGCUCCCGUCAACCUGGAGCAGAGGAACGUCAUCAGGCAGACGUGGCUCAGCGAAGAAAAAUCGGACACGCUUCAUUUCUUCGUUGUGGGAGUGGGAAGCUUGAGCGAGGACCUCAACACCACGAUACAGUCAGAACAGAAGAGAUUUGGAGACAUGUUAUUGUUGAACAACAUUAUUGACUCUUACCAGGCACUCACUAAAAAGCUGCUGGCAUCUUUGGUCUAUGUUCACUAUAACGUAAAGUUUAGAUUCCUGCUCAAGUGCGACGACGACACUUAUGUUCAGAUUUCGCAACUGCAUCGGGAGCUGAAGGGCGUCCCAUAUAAACAGCGUCUGUAUUGGGGAUUCUUUGACGGCCGAGCGACGCCCCGGAAGACCGGACCUUGGAAAGAGGCAGACUGGGUGUUGUGCGACAGCUAUCUGCCGUACGCCCUGGGCGGCGGGUACAUCCUCUCCUCCGACGUCGUCACCUUUAUCGCCACCAAUUCCAAAUACUUAAAACUUUACAAUAAUGAAGAUGUCUCUCUGGGCACUUGGUUGGCCGCCCUAGACCUACACAGAGUCCACGACACAAGAUUCGACACGGAAUAUAAAUCCCGCGGCUGCAACAACGACUACCUGGUGACGCACAAACAGAGUACGCUGCACAUGAGAGAAAAAUUUAACUCCCUAAAGGCCACGAGUCUCUUGUGUCGAGAACAGUUCCAGGUGAGGAAGUCUUACAAGUACAACUGGAAUGUUCCGCCCUCACAGUGCUGUGUCAGGAACGACUCUUCCAUACCUUAAAUAACUACUCAGUGUCCCUCACGCAGUGUAUACAGUGUUGAGUGAGUCAGUGUCCCUCACACAGUGUAUACAGUGUUGAGUGAGUCAGUGUCCCUCACACAGUGUAUACAGUGUUGAGUGAGUCAGUGUCCCUCACACAGUGUAUACAGUGUUGAGUGAGUCAGUGUCCCUCACACAGUGUAUACAGUGUUGAGUGAGUCAGUGUCCCUCACACAGUGUAUACAGUGUUGAGUGAGUCAGUGUCCCUCA